UCCUUCUCUACCAAUCAGACGCCCCCAAUUUUCACCGGAAACAGCCAUGACUCGGUUGGCCAGCGCCCUCGUCCUCCUGUUCCUCGCCUCCAUCUUAGCUUCUGCAGCCGGUAGCCGGGACCUUAACGGAGACGUUUUGCGAUUACCUUCGGAAGCUUCCAGAUUCUUUGGGCGAGGCGAUGAUGCUCCCGAUCAGCAAGACGACGGCACCGUCGGGACCAGAUGGGCUGUUCUGAUCGCCGGCUCCAAUGGAUACUGGAAUUACAGACAUCAGGCUGAUAUUUGUCAUGCCUAUCAACUACUGAAGAAAGGAGGGUUGAAAGAUGAAAACAUUGUUGUAUUCAUGUACGAUGAUAUUGCUUACAAUGAAGAGAACCCUAGGCAAGGAGUCAUCAUUAACAGCCCGCAUGGGAGUGACGUUUACAAAGGAGUUCCAAAGGAUUACACUGGGCAAGAUGUUACUGUGAACAACUUUUUUGCUGCUAUCCUUGGGGACAAAUCUGCUCUUACAGGGGGUAGUGGGAAGGUUGUGGAUAGCGGUCCAAACGAUCAUAUUUUCAUAUACUAUUCCGAUCAUGGUGGUCCUGGAGUUCUUGGGAUGCCGGGGAUCAGUCCUUAUAUUUAUGCCAACGAUCUGAUAGAAGUCCUGAAGAAGAAGCAUGCUGCAGGAACCUAUAAAAGCAUGGUAUUUUAUCUCGAAGCUUGUGAAUCUGGAAGCAUCUUCGAGGGCCUUCUUCCUGAAGGUUUGAAUAUCUUUGCAACCACUGCAUCAAAUGCAGAAGAGAGCAGUUGGGGGACGUACUGCCCUGGAGAGUAUCCCAGUCCUCCUCCAGAAUAUGAAACCUGCUUGGGUGACUUGUAUAGUGUUGCGUGGAUGGAAGACAGUGACAUACACAACUUGAAGUCAGAAACCUUGCGCCAGCAGUAUGAACUGGUUAAAACAAGGACAGCAAAUGACAAUUCUGGCCUUGGUUCUCAUGUCAUGCAAUACGGCGAUGUAGGGCUCAGCAAGAACAAUCUCUUUGUGUACAUGGGUACAAAUCCUGCAAACGAGAACUUUACUUUUCUGGGCCAGAACUCCUUGAGGCCAUCUUCAAAAGCUGUCAACCAGCGUGAUGCUGAUCUUGUUCAUUUCUGGCAUAAGUAUCGCAAGGCUCCCGAAGGAUCACCAAGGAAAGUUCAAGCUCAAAAGGAAUUUGUUGAAGCAAUGUCUCAUAGAAUGCACAUAGAUGAAACCAUGAAGCUCAUUGGGAAACUCCUGUUUGGAAUUGAAAAAGGUCCAGAAGUUCUCAACGCUGUUCGACCAGCUGGCCAGCCGCUCGUUGAUGACUGGGACUGCCUUAAGACAAUGGUGAGGAGUUUUGAGACACAUUGUGGAUCCCUAUCUCAAUACGGAAUGAAACACAUGCGUUCCCUGGCAAACAUCUGCAACGCCGGCAUGACAAAGGAGCAGAUGGCGGAGGCUUCAGCACAAGCCUGCGUCAGCGUCCCUUCUGGUCGCUGGAGCUCCCUGCACAUGGGAUUCAGUGCGUGAUGCUUAAUGUGGAAUUUGAAUAACCAAUCUGUGGUCACGAUCUAUAUGCAAAAAAGACAUCUAAGGUUGCAUUUCGAUGAUUGUUGUUUCGAUUGCUUUGGGUGUAACUUUGUAAAUACCAACUCAAGGCUCAAGCUCCUCCCCUGUACUGGAUUGCUUUGUCAUGGACGUACUUAAAACUUGUAAGUAAUAUUUAGCACGUUUGUUAUGUAUGAAUCUGUACCUGGUUGGUUAUAAAAAGGUUUGCAAUUUAUCAGA